AUGGCCGGCUGCCAGCACGCGCGCGCCUGCGAGCGGCACCACUUCCCCUGCCGUGGAAUUGUUUCUCCGGGCGGCGCGUGCGGCUGCGCCGGCUGCCAGCCCGCGCGCGCCUGCCAGCGGCGCCGCUUCCUCUGCCACCUGUCGCGACACCCCGCCGCCACGCACACGCACUGCAUACCUGACGAGUGGAAGUGCGACGGGCAGGUGGACUGCCCGGACGGGUCGGACGAGGGCGCGGGCUGCGCGUGCGCGGGCGGCGUGCGCUGCGCCGACGGCACCUGCGCCGACGCGCUCAGCGGCUGCGCGCGCGGCGCCUACUGCCCGCACGCGCCGCUGCCCGACGCCUUCAGCGGGCAGGGGACUGACGGACGGUCGGACGAGGGCGCGGGCUGCGCGUGCGCGGGCGGCGUGCGCUGCGCCGACGGCACCUGCGCCGACGCGCUCAGUGGCUGCGCGCGCGGCGCCUACUGCCCGCACGCGCCGCUGCCCGACGCCUUCAGCGGGCAGGGGACUGACGGACGGUCGGACGAGGGCGCGGGCUGCGCGUGCGCGGGCGGCGUGCGCUGCGCCGACGGCACCUGCGCCGACGCGCUCAGUGGCUGCGCGCGCGGCGCCUACUGCCCGCACGCGCCGCUGCCCGACGCCUUCAGAUGUGACGAACGGCUGUGCCUGUCGCCCGGAUUGCUGUGUGACGGCCAGCCACAUUGUGAAGACGGAUCUGACGAAGCUCCUACCUUUUGUAGUCAGAAAGAUCAGGUCGUAGGAUCAGUGCGGCAGUCGCGCGCGCUAGUGGUGUGCGGAGCCGUCGCCGCGUGCGCCGGCGGCGUGGGCGGCGCGUGGGCCGCGCUGAGGCACUGGCGCCGCCGCGCCGCCUCCCCGCGCGCCCCGCGCCGCGCCCCGCCGCGCUGCAAGCCCACGCCCAGCCUCACAGAGUGA